AUGGUACCUGGUGACCAUAUGCGAAACAAAGGAACGAAAAAAGCUACGAUAAGUGACAGCAUAGUGAAUCACAGGAAACAUCUGGCACCCAUGAUACCCAGGGAAGAAUCCUUAUGCCCCACAUGCAGGAAGGAAGAGGAAACUUCCUUUCCUAAUUACGCGAUGAAGAUCUGGCAUCCUACAGGAAAUCAAUUCGUGGGCCUCCUUCUUUUAUCGUAUGGAAUCGAGAUUGACACGAUUAUGGAGUCUACAGCCUUUUGGAGCAAACAAGAGGAAACUGCAUUCGUGUUACAAUAUGGCGAUAUUCAUGGCAGUAAACAGGCCAAUGAAAUAAGAAGACUGACCACCAACACCUUAAAAUCGGCCAAAACACCUACUCCCAACCUGACCAAAUCCGAGCAGAAGGCACUACAGGACAUCAGGAAACGCAAAGAUAUCCUUAUCCUCCCAGCUGACAAAGGUAAUAUGACGGUCAUCAUGGACAGAAACGAAUACGACAGUAAACAAAGUCCCCCAUACUCGGUUGAAAGAACCACUACUACCCUUAUAAAAAAUGCCAAACUUCCUGACCACAUCACAAAAGCCAUCCUGCCCAAGGAAUCAAAUGCACCCAGACUCUACGGACUACUUAAAAUCCAUAAACCCAACAUUCCACUGAGACCCAUAGUCAGCACCAUUGGUUCUCCCACAUACACACUUUCAAAGUACCUUACAUCUGUUCUCAAACCCCUUACCGGCAACACACCCAGCUCCAUAACUAACUCAUUCCACUUUAUAAGUAAGAUUCAGGAUAUCCGAACCCUGCCCCAUGACAUACUUGUCAGUUUCGACGUGCAGUCCCUCUUCACUAAUGUCCCCAUCAAAAGAAGUAUCGAAAUCAUCCAGGACAAAGUCCCUGAAAACCUAGUUCCUCUAAUCCAACACUGCCUCAACACCAAUUAUUUCAUCUUCCAGGAUACAUACUAUGAACAGGUGUCCGGAGCAGCAAUGGGAUCUCCCAUCUCUCCCGUGGUUGCUGACAUCUACAUGGAGUACUUAGAGAAUUACAUUCUUAAUAACGCGCCACUAAAACCAUCUCAGUGGUUCAGGUAUGUGGAUGAUACCUUUGUAGUUUGGAGCCAUGGAAGAGAAAAACUUGGCGAAUUCCUUGAUUACAUAAAUUCCUUGGAUCCCAACAUACAGUUCACUAUGGAAAUAGAAAACCCGGACCGUUCACUACCUUUCCUCGACACCCUAAUUACUAGAAAAGCAGACGGAACCCUUGGACAUAAGGUUUACAGAAAACCUACCCAUACCAACAGAUACGUACAUGCUACAUCCCACCACCACCCUUCCAAAAAGAAUUCCGUAAUCACAUCUCUCAUCCACAGAGCAACCUGCAUUAGCGAAAAAGAGAACCUGGCCAAUGAACUGGAACACAUUAGGUCUACGCUACAACAAAACGGUUACUCCAGACAGAAUUAA